AUGUUUAUCGCAAAAAAAACAAACAAUAAUUCUGAUAAUAUAACUGUGAUUGAUUCUACAAUUGAUGACGAACUUAAUUCAACAGCAGACGAUCGAAGAUUAUCGUCAAAUGCACUAUCAACACGAACAAUAAUGUCAACAACACCUUUAGCAACAGCACAAGCAUCACUUCGACCCUCAAUUAAUCGACGAUUAGCAAAUUUAAAAAUAAGCAAUCAUCAUCAUAAUAGUACAAAUAGUAGUUGUGCUAGUAAUACAUCAAUCUCAUUUCCUGAAAAUACUCAUCCUCCAGAUUUACUCGAUGGACUCAAUGAUUUGAGACUAAAUAAAAAAUUAUGCGAUGUUAUCUUAGUAGUUGAUAAACAACAAUUUUAUUGUCAUAAGAAUGUACUUGCCGCUACAAGUCCCUAUUUUCGUGCGAUGUUUACGGGUGAAAUGUUUGAAAGUUCACAAUCUCUUGUGACGCUCAAUGGCGUGGAUGCUGAUGCAAUCGCAGAAUUAAUUGAAUAUGCUUAUACGGCUGAAGUAACAAUAUGCGAACAUAAUGUCCAAAGUUUGUUAUCAGCAGCGAAUUUUUUACAAAUUCAAACAGUACGUGAAUCAUGUUGUCGAUAUUUUGAGCGUUUCCUUGAUGAAACAAAUGCAAUUGGUAUCAACUGUUUUGCUGAAUUACACAAUUCUACAGAAUUAAUGCGAAAAGCCAAAAGAUUUAUAUUGAAAAAAUUUAGUCUCGUUGUACAACAAGAGGAAUUUAUUAAUGUUUCAGCUCAAAAGUUAAUUGAAUUCAUUAAAGACGAUGAUAUUCAUGUCAUAUGCGAAGAUGAGAUAUUUGAUGCUUGUUUGAAAUGGCUAAAUUAUUCAUUGGAAGAACGUGCAAAAGAAUUUCACCACUAUUCGUUGAUGGACAAAGUUGCUACCUGUAAAGUUAUACAAGAAUGUAGUGAAUGUCGCUUAUUAUUGGAUGAAGCUGUUCGUUAUCAUCUACUAGUUGAUAGAAGGACAGAAAUGAAUAGUCCUCGAUUAAAACCAAGAACAUGCACUGAAUUAACAGAAAUCUUAGUAUUUCUUGGUGGUGAAGAUGAACGCGUUGUUGUUCGAGGAGUUGAAGUUUUUAAUCCAGAUAAAGACGAAUGGAAAAAAUUGCAAUGUCUACCAUUUGCUGUUUCUAAACAUUCAGUUUGUUGUUCAGGUGGUACACAAUUGUAUUUAGCAGGAGGUGAUUGGCCUGAUGGACAUCCAAGUAGUGAAGUAUGGAAAUACGAACAAAAAUUAGAUACAUGGAUUCGGUUACAAGACAUGUUAACGUCUCGUUCUGAAUUGGGUCUAGCGUUGAUUGAUAAUUAUUUAUAUGCAGUAGGAGGCUGGGAUGGUAGUAAUAGACUGAACUCAAUUGAACGUUAUUGUAUAGAGAGUAAUUGUUGGACAAUUAUAUCACAAAUGCAAAUAGCUGUAACUAGUCCAUCUGUGUGUGCUUUAAAAGGCUUUUUAUAUAUCAUUGGUGGCACUGUUCAUGAAGAGGGUGAUGGUAUUGAUCUUGUUCAACGAUUUGAUCCAAAAACAAAUACGUGGACUCAAGAUUUAUCAUCAAUGAAGAUUGCUCGCUCAGGAGCGGGAAUAACUGCGUUUCAAUCUCAAAUUUUUAUCUGCGGUGGUUGGCAUGCCUCAGAGAGCACUAACAAAGUAGAAGUCUAUGAUUCAGAAUUGAACGAAUGGAAAUUUGUGCAAUCGAUGCGUGAACGUCGUUAUAGACCCGGAGUAUCUGUUGUAAAUGGAAAAAUUUAUGUUUGUGGUGGCCAAGAGCAUUUUAACAAAUAUCACGAUUCAGUAGAAGCAUAUUCAACUCAGGACAACACUUGGACAAUUAUAACGGAAUUAAUAUGUGGUCGUAGUUGGUUAGCAUGUGCUACUCUAAUAUUACGUUGGAACGAUCUUCACUGGGAUCAUAAUUGUGAAGGAGAGCAUGAACCGCCAGAAAAUACAAAUUAA